CGAGGUCAAAUCAUCAUGGCAGACAUCACCUGAACGAGGUCACUUCAGGAUGCUAGCAAAAUUAAUAAAAAAUUAACAAGAGUCAAAAGGUCGAAGAUGAGCAGUUCUUCCCUUUUAUCCCAAGCAUUCAUUGCUACAUCUAAAGGAGACAAUGCCAGUGAAUGGCCUGAAGAUGCACAGAUUUACCAACCUCUUCUAGGUCAAAUGACUUUACCUGAGCAAGCAAAAUGCUAUGGAAUUGAGGCUCUUCUCAGACUUCAAAACCUGAAAUAUGAUUUGGUGAUGAGAUCAAAUGCAGAAUAUAUUUCUCCAUCAGGAAAGGUACCCUUAUUGCGAAUAGAUGAUGAGGUAGUUUCAGAAGAGUCAAUUCUUUCUUGGCUGCAGAAGAAGGGAUUCUCUCUGAUGAAUCAGUUACCUGACAGUCAAAAGCUACAAGUGAAGGCCUUGAUUUCUCUGUUUGAAACAGUACUUGUGCCUGCAGAGUUGUAUUGCACUUGGCUUGACACUGGAAAUACCAAAGAGACAAAGGCUACAUAUGGAUCUGUGUAUCCCCAGCCAUUAAAAUAUCUACUUACACAUAAAAAGGAAGCAGCAGUCAAAUCAUUAUUGAAGGCAAGGGGAUGGGAUAAAAAGACAAAGGAAGAUGUUGAGAAGGAACUAAUAACAGUUCUCAGUGUGGCAUCAGUGAAACUGGAUCAGAAUGUAUUUCUUACUGGAGACCAUGCGACUGAAGCAGAUGCUAUCCUCUUUGGUCAUCUUCAAGCUAUUUUGGCAACAAAGCAAAGCAGCAAAUUGUUAGUACAUGCCUUGGAGGAUUUUCCUCAACUUGUUAGAUAUUGUGUUACCAUAGGUAAAUUAUGCGGCUUUGCUUCAUAGCAAAUCAAAGGGCUGUUGAUAAUUUUUCUUUGUAAAAAGUUAUAUUCUUAUAGCCAAUUUUAAAAUUAAUAAAUUCUAUCUUAAAUAUGGUUCUGUUUCUUUGGUUUGUUCCCUUAAAGAAUCAUUCAGCUUCAAACUAAUCAACAUAACGUAUUUUACAACAAUUAAUUAUGUAACAGAUAUGAUUAUUAUAAUGACUGCCAUAGCCAUUACAAUAACAUCAUCUGG